ACAUGAGGCACUGGCAUAUAACAUGUAAUAUACAUAUAUGUUAUUCCCUUUGCCCUUAAUUUAUGGUUUGUCUGUGGAAGUUGAAUCGCUGCGAGUGUCAAUUUCAUAGCGUGUAGUAUUUAGCCUUACGGAUGAUUCGACUGUCAAAUGAUUUUUUGGAUGUGUUGAGUCGAUGACACAUUACGAUGUUAAUGCGCUAAAAUUAGUUUUUUUUUUGUCGUAUAUUCGAUCUACCUACAUUUCUACAGCAUUUCUUAGUGGCUUUUCGUAUCAAACGACUGGUGCUCUGCUUUUUUCGAGUAUCCAAAUAUAUAAAACAUUGACUUAGACUUCGAUGACAUAAUCGAGAGCCAAACGUUUUGUUUGUAUUUAAUCAGGUUUUCAACGUCGUCAUUAUACGUGCGACGCGACCAGAAAAGAAGAGAAGAGACACGCUGCAAACUGGAAUUCAAACAAGAACUGAUAGCUCAAAACGAAGAGAACGUAAAAAAGCGAACGACUGGGUUUUUCUGUAUAUCAAGCACUUCAACUGUGAUGUGACUGAGAACUAGAAGUAAAAGUUUGGUUGUUUUUUGUAUUCGAAACCAAAAUGGCUGGUGACUACAUUACAAAAGGGAUUCUGUAUGUGAUUUCAGACAUUCUAAGUUUGCUCACAGUUGCACUAUGUUUAGUUCAAAAAUUGCCCCAAAUCCGCGAGAUUUUCACAUAUAAAUCGGCCAAAGGUAUUAGCACAACAUCAUUGCUGCUGGAAUUGUUUGGAUACACCGUUAUGAUGCUCUAUAACUACACGUAUAGCUAUUCUCUACUUUCCUAUUUGGAAUACCCCAUUCUUCUUGUUCAAGAGUAUGUUUUGGUUGCUCUUGUACUAAAGUAUAAGCACAUGCUCAAUCAAAACAGUUUCACGGCCAUCGGUGUAUAUUGGGUCGUUACCCUUUUGUUUGCAUUUCAAAUUUGCCCCCGAUUUUUAUUGUACAUGGCUGUGCCAUUUUGUACACCAAUCGGGGCAACGAGUAAAAUUCUUCAAUUGCUAGAAAUUCUUCGAACAAAAAAUUCAGCAACUGUCAGUCUCACUUCCUGGUUUUUAUCCGCAUUCACCAAUUUAACUCGGGUUUACACAACGGCCAUCGAAACCGGUGAUACGAUGCUUCUGAUUAACUUCACGAUAUCAUUUGCACUCAGCAUGUCAGUUUAUUUGGCGGCGUUCUUCUACAAACCAAAUCGGCCAAAAAUAUUUGCCCAGAAAAAGGUGUUCGUGAUCAACAAAGAUUAAUAAUUAUAAUUGGAGCUAUGAUAAAUCAUGUCAUACAUUUUUGAAUUUUGUUUCGAAUUAACAUUUACAGAAUUGUGUAUAAUUAAACUCAACUAGUCACUUACCUAACGUUAUGAUUUAGCAGCUCGUUGUAUUUUUUAACUUUCUAGUAUGGUUCAUCAUACCAUUUUUCUAUUACUUACGCUUCGUUACAAAAGAAAUCUACUCUUGUAAAUUGAACUAAUUUAAACUCUUAUGAAAUUAUAUUCUUGAUGAAGAACGAAAUAAGCUGAUAUUAAAACAUUUGCGAAGAAAAAAAAAACGAAUAUUUUAUACAUAUACAAACGAUAUACGUUGUACAUAUAUCCAAUAAUUUGUAUUUCGUAUUCUUUGUAUUAAUAUAUCUAUGGGUGAGAUUGAGA